AUGUCUUUUCUCGAGCGCCAAACAACGCGAAUCACGGGCGAUGACCACAGUGGUCGCCGAAAGAGCGUUAUACGCGUCUCCUCGUCGGGCAAAAUACCCAAUGCGAAGAAACCUCGUACCCGACCACCCGCCUCGCUGCGCGACCACCUUCCUUACCCGAACUCUACGCUAUGUCCCGCAUCAGGACCGUACUCCAUAGGGAGCAUGGAAAUUGAAGUCCCUGUGGAGAAGCCCCGGCCUAUCUCACAUAUCAAGCGGAAGGGCAGGCACCUUCUACAAUUGGAAACAGUCUUGUUUACACUAUACUACCCGGCGUCAUUCGGGAGCGGGAAUGGGAAGGCACCUGGAGGAGAGAAAAAAUGGAGUCGGGAAACAUGGCUUCCAAGACCACGGAGGGAGACAGCCAAGGGGUAUGCGCAAUUCGCGGGAAUACCAAACUUCGUGGGCAUUGGGCUCUUUGGUGCAACUACCAUGCUAACAAAACUCCGUGCAUACCGGAACUGUCCUCCAGCGACCCAUUGGCCACCAGAAGGGAAUGCGAAGAAAGAUGGAUACAAGAUCAAGAAUCAGCAAGGCAACCCGCCCGAAGGCUUGGGUGAAGAACCAACCUUCCCGCUGUUAAUGUUCAGCCACGGUCUUGGUGGUUCAAGAACAGCAUACAGCAGCCUAUGCUCCGAGUUUGCAAGCUAUGGCUUUGUUGUGUGCGCCAUGGAGCAUCGAGACGGGAGUGGACCACGAUCCUUUAUAAACCACAAGAAGCGAAGCAAGCACAGGAAAGAUGGGCACGGAGGAGGUAAAGCAAACGAUGCGGACUGCGAUGGUGAUGGGCAAGGUGAGAAAGAUUUCGAAAAGUUCCAGCACAUGGAUCACACCGAAGAGGAGAUUGCACAGGGCUACCACUACGUCGACUACAUCUUCCCCAAGGGCAACCCCAAAGACACCGCACCGAACAAUGAAAAUGGCGUUGAUAGUGAACUGCGCAGUGCUCAGAUCGAAAUGCGUCUUUGUGAGCUCGAAGAGGCGUAUCGUGUUCUCAAAGCAAUCUGUGCUGGCGAUGGGGAGGAUAUCGCAAGGCAGAAUCUGCGUGGGGAAGGUUAUGUUGGUGGCUCGUCGCGAGGUCUAAUCGGUGUUGACUGGUCUCAAUGGAAGAAUCGCUUUCAUGUCGACAAGAUGACGAUGGCUGGCCACAGCUUUGGGGCUGCGACCGUAGUCGAAGUGCUCAGACAUACUGAGCGGUUCAUUAACGUACAGGCAGGGAUCAUAUAUGACAUUUGGGGUGCUCCCAUAAAGCCGCCAUUAGAUGACCCUAAGCAUCGAAUACAUCUUCCUUUGCUUGGUAUCGCUAGCGAAGCAUUCAUGUACUGGGAGAAGAAUUGGGAUGCAAGCAUGUCCCUUAUGAAAGAAGCUAGCGAGCAUGGUGCUCCUGCAUACCUUCUCACUGUUCGAGGAUCCGUCCACGUCAAUCAAAGCGACUUUUCAAUCUUAUACGAACAUGUGUCCUCCUUCUUUAUGAAGGCGACUGUUCACCCACAACGAGCCAUCGAUCUCAAUGUCAGUACCAGUCUUGAAUUCUUGAGAUUGGUGACCCCCGAAUUGGGAGGGGGAAAGUCACUCAUCAGUCGUUGUAUGACUGACGAGAAUCUACUCGAAACGCCACUGUUGGAAGAAAUUCCUGAAGAACAUCGGCCGGACGACCAAUGGAUAGCCGCUCGCCUUCGGGUAGAUAAUGAGUUCAGAAAACGUAUGGCCGCUGGUGUACAAAGGAAGUUUAAGCGCAACUUCCAAGGUGGUAUGGGGACGGGUUAUACAACCUCAGAUGAAAUGUGGUGUUUCUACAAGCCCUCGGAUGAGGCGUUAAACCACUGGAUCAACGAGGAAGAAGGAGGAGAGAAACGCAUCGACGAGGACCGUGCCACUGCGUCCAACGAAGAGCGUCAUGGUAGUAAUCACAUCCCAAGGGAUAAUGCCGAGAAAGAUGGGAGCACGUUGCAGAGCGGAGACGAUGGCAGCUCAAAAGAUACGUCCAGUUCGCAAAGACAACAUCAAGGUGCUUCACAAUCUGUACGCGAUAGAUAUGAUGAUGACGAGAAAAGAGAUGUUGAUUCUGACAAAAUAUCGGCCGCCGCGGGGCCUGACGAGGAAGCACCUGCGAACACCUGGAUGGGUGUCAUCCCUGCAUUGAGACAUGGACCGGGGCAAAAGCAAGCGUAG